AUGCCAUUCCUGAGAACAGGAAUCGAUUUUUGUGGACCACUAUAUUUGCGACCGCUUACCCGGAAACGUGCUCCAGAGAAGUGCUAUGUUGCAGUUUUUGUCUGCAUGUCAACGAAGGCGCAGCACUUCGAGUUAGUGGGCAAUCUCUCCACAGACUCUUUCGUCGCAGCGCUCAAAAGAUUUGCCGCCCGACGUGGCAUACCACAAACAAUUUUUUGCGACAAUGCCACUAAUUUUGUCGGCGCUAGACGAUUAUUGAACGAAUUUUUGCAGUUAUUCCGAACACAGCAAAGUCGAGAUCAAGUUGUAAAACUGUGCUCAGACGAGGGCAUAGAAUUUCGAUUCAUUCCGCCAAGAUCUCCUCAUUUUGGGGGAAUUUGGGAAGCUGCGGUGAAAUCCCUAAAACAUCACCUGUAUCGCACUCUUAAAAACGCUUUAGUAACCGCCGAACAAAUGGAAAUAUUACUGUGUCAAAUCGAGGCGUGUUUAAACUCACGGCCUCUCACACAGCUUAGCAGUGACCCUCAGGAUCUGAACGUCCUUACACCAGGACAUUUCUUGGUGCAUAGAUCGCUAACCGCGAUACCUGAACCGUCUUAUGAGGAAAUUUCAUUGGGAAAUCUUUCACAGUGGCAACUAGUUCAGGAAUUCCUUAGACGCAUAUGGCAACGAUGGUCAACGGAGUAUCUCGCCGACCUACAGCAACGAACCAGAUGGACCCGCAGACGCAACAACAUCCAGAUUGGUACCAUGGUGUUGGUCAAGGAGGAUCAUCUCCCUCCAAUGAAGUGGCGAUACGGCCGUAUCGUAGAAGUUUUCCCUGGCAACGACGGCUGUAUACGUGUAGUCAACAUCCGGACAAAAGAUGGCAUAUUCAAACGAGCCAUUAAACGCAUCUGUGUUCUCCCAAUUCAGGACAAUCUGCAGCGCAAUGCAGAGUCAUCAUAG